AUGUGGGGGACCCGCUCCCUGCUGGGUAAGGCAGCCAUCAUUCCUUCUGCGGAACUCAUCUUGACUUCACGUUUUUCCACUUCCACCCCCAGUUGUGUCAUGGCCGUCUGCCUGCCUCUCUUAAAGGUUCGCUCGUGGUCUUCCAUGCUUGUGCCCUGUGGUGCCCUGGCAGGUGCAGUGGGGUUUGCCGCCUUAUGCUUCCCCUUGUGUGUCGCCUUCAGUGACACGACCACGGUCCAUCUCAACGGCACACUUCAGUUCCUUCCCUUCGCUAGUGAGAUGUUCCGGGCAGGCAUCCAUUCCACGUCCUACCACUGCCGCGCCUCGUCCCCCGCCGGCACUGUGCUCUCCAGGGACACCCACGUCAGAGCAGUAGUGGAGCAGUACUGGGAGGUGCAGGUGUACAACCAAUACGUCUUGGAGGGAAACACGGCGGUGCUCCAGUGCAAAGUCCCCUCCUUCGUCAGGGACUUCGUCAGCAUCACUUCUUGGACACAAGGACAUACCAACUUCUACCCGUCCCACAAUGCAGAUGGACGCGUGAAGAUGGUCUCCUCUGGGCAGCUGGUAGUGAGGAACGUGAGGUCUUCUGAUACCCAGCUGGCGUUCCGAUGCAGGGCUGUUCACACCCUCACUGGGGCCACGCAUGAGUCACCGAACCCAGCCAGGAUCUACGUCACAGACCCCAGGAGUGAGUCGGCGCCCAGAAUUCCGGAGAUGGAGUCGUUGGUGCGGGCGCAGAGGGGCACGUCAGCCACCCUCCUGUGCCCCGCUCAAGGCCACCCUGCCCCCAGCAUCACGUGGUUCAAGCAGGCGAGCGGGGUGGAGGUGCCUCUGGGUGGUGGAGGGCGCGUGGGUGGAGGCGGAGGGCGGCAGGGGAACAGAAUGAGGGUGUCCGGGCCUGUCCUUACCAUUCUGUCUACUGAGGACUCAGAUGCUGGGACCUACAGGUGUUACGCCAACAAUACUGAAGGCGUGGCUGUGCUGCAGGUAUGUGCAGUUGGAGAUACUGUCCGCCCUCUCGGCCCGUGUCACGCCCCCUCCCUUGUGGUGGACGCUGGGGCCUCUGCUCAAUUCACCUGUGUUAUCUCAGGAUCUCCAGUCAACCAGGUGUCAUGGCUGAAAGAUGGCGUGCCCCUCCGCCCAGGACCUCGAGUCAGGAUACCAGGAGGGCGUGGCAGGAUACUAAGGGUGGUGGGCGUGGGUGGAGGUGAUGCGGGCGUGUACCAGUGCCGCGCCCAUGGACACCACGACUCCGCCCUUGGCACCGCUGUCCUGUCCCUCGGCGACACCCUGCCAGUGCUCAAAUACAGGUUUAUCGAGCAGACCCUGCAGCCGGGACCCUCCGUCAGCCUUAAAUGCAUCGCCUCAGGGAACCCCACGCCCUCUGUCACCUGGACCCUCGAUGGCUUCCCCGUCAGGCACUCUGAUAGGCUGGUCUUGGGACAGUACGUAAGUGUGGACGGGGACGUUAUCUCCCACGUCAACAUCAGCUCUGUCUCAGCGCUGGACGGGGGACUGUACCGCUGUGGGGCCAAAAAUGCACUGGGGACCGUCUUCCACGCAGCACGUCUCAAUGUUUACGGUGUGCCAGUGGUGCGGCCCAUGGGAGACGUGACGGCUGUGGCAGGUGAACAGCUGAUCCUCACCUGUCCUGUUGGCGGCUACCCCAUCCACACACGCACCUGGUAUAAAGAAGGGAAGCAGCUGCCCCUUAGUGUCCGCCAGGUGGUUCACGCUAACGGGUCCUUGGUGGUGAAGAACGUGCAGAAGGGAAGUGAUGACGGCCGCUACUCUUGCUCCGCCUCCACCAACACCGGGGAGCGAAGUAGCCAAUCGGUGCAGGUGAAGGUGCUUGUGCCGCCUCGUAUCCUCCCCUUCAGUCAGGACCACCACCUGUCAGAGGGCAACCGCCUCACCCUCACCUGCGUGGUCACGGAGGGGGACCUGCCGCUGUCCAUUACCUGGUACAAGGACGGGGUGCGCCUGGAGGGUCGCCCCCAGGUCAGCCAGCACACCUGGGGGGACUUCAACAGCCACCUGGGGAUUGCCCACGUGCUCCCACACCACGCCGGGAACUACACGUGCCGGGCCAGCAACCGCGCCGCGUCCGACCAGCAGACGGCGGCCAUCUAUGUGAAUGUCCCUCCCAGGAUAGCGCCCUUCGACUUCAGGAAGAACGCGGCGGAGGGCAUCAGGGUGCAGGUGAGCUGCGUGCUGGAGCAGGUGGAUUUGCCCGUGUCCAUCACCUGGCUCAAAGACGGCCAGCCCCUGUCCUCCCACCACGCCCACGGCACGCCCACGCUGGCCAGGCUGGGUCUGGAGGUGCGGAUGUUGGAUAAAUACUCGAGUGGGUUGGUGAUUCCACGCCUGCAGGCCGCCCAUGCCGGCAACUAUACCUGCCAGGCCACCAACGCCGCCCGCAUGGCCACGCACACCGCCGCCCUCGCCGUCAGCGUUCCCCCGCGCUGGGUGUCUGAACCCAUGGACCAGAGUGUGGAGAGAGGAGGCGAUGCGGUUAUCCACUGCAAGACUGAAGGAUUCCCACCGCCCAGAGUUGCGUGGCGGAAGGAGGCACAUGGGCCAGUGUCAGGGCGGUACCGGGACCUGAUUGGCGGAAGUGGCGUGCAGCAGCUGGCCAAUGGGACGCUGGUGCUGAGUCACGUGACCAAGGAGGCGGAGGGGCGGUACCUGUGUGAGGCUACGAAUGGGAUAGGGGCGGGGCAGAGCAAGGUGGUCAAACUAACUGUCAAUGCGCCACCUAGAUUCACAGUACGCAACACAAACGUCAGUGUAGGGACAGGGGGACACGCUGUCCUUCGGUGCCCCAUCACGGGAGACCAGCCCAUGACCCUCUCCUGGCUCAAGGAUGGCACGCGCAUCACACCCAAGGAAUCCUAUAGGUAUGAGGUGCGGGAGAGCAGUGUGGGCGUGGGCGUGGGCGGCGAGCACGAGCGGGUGCUGGAGCUGGUGGUGACGGGCGUGACGCGGGAGGACGGUGGUCAUUACGUGUGCACGGCAGAGAACCAGCACGGCCACGCCUCCAACACCGUCACGUUGCUGGUCCAGGAACCGCCAGACCUGCCUCGCUCCUUGCACGUGCUAGAGAAGACCUCUCGUUCCGUCAGGCUGGCUUGGGAGGCUCCCCAGGACGGCAACUCCCCCAUCACUAAAUACACACUCAAGUUCACACGCCUGGGAGACUGGCAGCAGCAGAGUCAGCAGCAGCAGCAGCCACCACAACAGGGCCAGCAGAACCCGCCCCAGCAGCCGGCCGCAGCGGAGGGCACGCAGGAGGUGGCAGUGAGGGGCGAGGAGACAGAGGCGGCAGUGGAGGGCCUCAUCCCAGCCACGCAGUACUUGUUUACCCUGCACGCCCACAAUGCUAUGGGUCCCUCCAAGCCCUCCGAGCCUCUGCAGGUGACCACGGAGGCUGAGGCACCUGGCGGGCCUCCUACAGAAGUGGAGGUGCGGGCGGCCUCCUCCACCAGCCUGAGGGUCACAUGGUCGCCUCCCGAGCCUGCCCUUAGACACGGCAGGAUCCUCGCCUACUACAUCAGCUAUGGCACGCUGGGCACCACAAGUGACCAAUUUCAAAUCAUGACAGUGGAGGCAGACAGCUGGUCCUCCCCUACUUCCUUCUCCUCCUCACCCUCCUCUGCCCCUACUUUAUCCUCAGCCACCUCCUCUUCCUCCUCCUCCUCUUCAUCCUCCUCCUCCUUCCCUGCCAGCUGCUGCUCUGCCCUGGUCACUGAUCUGGAUCCCUACACUCAAUAUGCAGUGGAAGUCCAGGCUGUGAACUCUCAAGGCACAGGUCCCCCCAGCCCACCUGUCACUGUUGCCACCCUAGAGGACGUGCCCUCCGCCCCACCCUCUGGUGUUCGCUGCACACCCAUGACAGCCCACAGUGUCCUGGUGUCCUGGGAGGGCCUGUCACCUGCCCAUGCCCGUGGCCACCUCACCGGCUACCGUGUUCUGUAUGCCCCAGCUGAUAGAGUAUCUGAGCUGAGUGGGGAGACGUCCUCAGCUGCCCCAGUACCCCUGAGAGGCCUGCGUCCCUACACCAACUACUCUGUGCAGGUGGCAGGGCUGACCAAGGUGGGGGAGGGCCCUGCCAGCGAGCCCCACUUCUGCACCACAGAGGAGGAUGUGCCUGGGCCGCCAGCAGGUGUGAAGGUGGCUGUGGUGCGGCCUGGCACAGUAGUGGUGUCCUGGCUGCCUCCUAUCAGCAGCAACGGGCGCCUGCUGACCUACUUCAUCACCCUCAGAGGCCGUGAGGUGAAGCGGUCUGUGGUACGUGCUCCGAUGACAAGACACGAGGUGAUUUUACCCCCUGGUUCAGGCAAGAUUCAGGUGACGGUGGCAGCCAGCACCAGGAUAGGGGAAGGCCAGCCCUCCUCACCCAUCACCUUAAAUCCAUCAAAUACAGUUCCGGCCCGUGUCGUGUCCUGGGGUGGGGCGACCAAGGUACAUUGGGAGGAGGAUGUGUCCCUGCGCUGCGAGACGGUAGGGGAACCGCCCCCAUCCCGCUCCUGGCUGAGGGACGGGGCUGUUAUAGAAGAUGGUUCUCACAAGCGGGUGUCCAGCUACCCUGACGGAACUCUGGUGUUGAGAGACGUGCGAAGAGACGACUCAGGAAACUACACAUGCAAAGUGACCAACCUGCACGGGGACGACCACAUCACCUACACCCUCACUGUGCAGGUCCCCCCAUCACCACCACACAUCCACGUCACCAAGACCGGCUCCACCACCCUGACUGUCACCUGGAGGACUGGUGACGACGGGGGUGCACCUCUCCUGGGCCUCACUGUGUCUUACAAGCGUGACUAUGGGGAGUGGCAGGAAGAAACAGUGCCCCCUACACAGACAUCCCAUGAACUGAGGGGCCUCUUCUGUGGUAGCCCAUAUGAUCUGUAUGUCACUGCGUAUAAUAAGGUAGGAGAAGGCCGGCCAUCGGAGAGCCUGCGCACCAAGACAGCCGGCUCCCCCCCACUGGCAGGCCGGCGGGAGGGAGCAGUUCGGGUCAACACCACCUGGGUUGCAGUGUCCCUGGCCCAGUGGAGCGAUGGGGGGUGUCCCAUCAGCCGGUACAAUGUUGUCUACAGGCGAACCAGUGCUGUUACCUGGAUUGUGGGUGAGGACAGAGUAUCCGAGAGGGUGGAGGGGGGCCGGCCAGUGGAGAUAGGGGGCCUCACACCCUCCACCCAUUACCUGGUGCGGGUGACUGCUUACAACUCUGCCGGAAGCACCACGCAGGACUACCCUUUCACCACCAUGCCCCUUCCUGGAGGCCCCUCCUCCCCUGGGUUAGUGAUGCCUGGGGUGGCCAUGACGGAUGUGAGGGUCCUGCUCCCCGUGGUUGCCUCCUCCCUCGCCCUGCUGGCCACUCUUGUCACUGUUUGUGUUUGCGUCAGGAAGAAGCCCCCCAUGCCCCCCCAGCAGGUCUCCGGGGAUGGGAACUCAGUAGCUGUGCAGGAGAACAAGGAGAACCUCAAACACAGGGAGCAGUUUUAUGCCACAGUGCGCAAGAUGUCACCUCACAGGGACCCCACUGCUGUUGACCGAAUCCCUGAGUACGCAGACGACAUCUACCCAUAUGCAACCUUCCAAAUGAACAACACACACCAACAACAACAACAACAGCAACAACAACAACCAUCACAGCAACAACCACAGUCACAGCCACCACCACACCACCACCACCACCCACACCACCAACAGCAGCAACAACCACAGCAACAACCACAGCCAAAACAGCAACAACAGCAGCAGCAGCAACAACAACAACAAAAAUUAGGCCAGACACAGCGACCUCGCUUACAACAACAACUACAACAACAACAACAGCAACAACCACCCCACCACAACCCUUCCCACAGCCACUACCAGCCAUGUGCUUAUAAAGAUGCUGUGGCUGGGAGAGAGCCCUCCGGAUGCCAACCACCGCAGAAACUUACUGUCAUGUUGGCAGUGGCGGCCCACCAGGGAAUGGAGGAGGUGGCGGAGGCGGAGGGGGCUGCCGGCUGGGGUGGUGGUGAGGGGCGCCACCCCACCCCUGCCCCCCACUCUGUCAAGUCAGAGAGCGAGGAAUAUGAUACAUUUGGGUCUGAUUCUGACACAGACCCGCCUGCCUCCUCUCGGACAGAAUCCUCGAAUCAGCUCGACCACGAAAGGUCAGGGCCGAUGAGGGCUGUGCAUCAUAAUCUUAUUUACCACGCAGCCGAGUCUAGCACAUCAACGGAAGCCUCGCCCACCCUGCCUCGCCGCUCCUUCCACAGAAAACGAGAGAGGAUGGGUGUGAGGAGUAGCGGGGGCACCCACACCCUCCUCAGCCCGCCCCGCACCCCGUCCUCCAUCCUGGGCAUGUCUCCGGUGCCCCUCACCCCGCCCACACCACCCACCCCCUUCACCGACUCCCGGGAAUUGAGUGAGACCGAGUGUGACCGAGAAUUGAGGAGAAGCUACCUUGUGGAUCGGGGCAGCACUAUAAAUGUGUAAUGCUCUCUCUCUCUCUCUCUCUCUCUCUCUCUCUCUCUCUCUCUCUCUCUCUCUCUCUCUCUCUCUCUCUCUCUCUCUCUCUCUCUCUCUCUCUCUCUCUCUCUCUCUCUCUCUCUCUCUCUCUCUCUCUCGUUUUAUUUGUAAAUCCUGUGUUUUUUCUGCUUUUCCUUUAGUUUUUUCCCUGGUUUUCUGCAUUUCUUUUUAGUAAUAGGAAAAGAAAUCUCUCUCUCUCUCUCUCUCUCUCUCUCUCUCUCUCUCUCUCUCUCUCUCUCUCUCUCUCUCUCUCUCUCUCUCUCUCUCUCUCUCUCUCUCUCUCUCUCUCUCUCUCUCUCUCUCUCUCUCUCUCUCUCUCUCUCUCUCUCUCAGUGGGAUUUCUCAUGUAUAUAUAUUAUUUGAAAAUGAGUAAGAGAGAGAGAGAGAGAGAGAGAGAAAAGAAAAUAAAGAGUUUCCCAAUGCUACUGAUAUUACUAUAAACUUUUAUUGUGUGUGUGUAAAAGAAACAUUUGUGUGUGUUUUUUCAUUUGAGACACUUCUGAAAAUAUUUUGAGGGUGGUGAAGAAACAUUAUAAAAAGUAUGUAGUGUUGUUUUAGAAAUUGGCAUAAUGAUGAUGAUAAUAAUAGUAAUAAUGGUAAUGAUGAUAAUGAUAAUGGAAAGUUUAUGGAUCUGCAGUAAUAUCAAAAUGUUUUAUUGAUAAAUUUAAAAUAUGGAGAGUUUGUAUAGUUGUGUGUGUGUGUGUGUGUGUGUGUGUGUGUGUGUGGAAAAUGUAGAUAUUCCUCGUAAAAAAAUGUAUAAGGUAAGAUUAAAAUGAAAUGUGUGAUUUUAAUUACUACUGAAUUAAUUAAUAUGGCAUUCAUUUGUGCUGGCAAAAAAAAAAAAAAAAGUAUUAUUUAUAAAUCUAUUAUUGUACAUGUUUUAGCACUCAAGGAAAAAUAUUGGCUGUGAAAAAUUUAAAGAUGGAAGGAUUAAAGUAUAUUAAGUGUAAAAAUUUAAAAUAAUGUUAUCUGAAAAAAAAAAUGUUUAUAUUUCUCCAGUGUGGUUGUAAAGAAGCUACUUUCCUAUUGGCUGAGGCUGAAAGGUGAUCUCCCAUUUGUGGAUGAGUGACAGUGAGACAAAAGAGGCCAUCUAACUGGUUCAUGGCCUCAUCCUGACAGCCAAUCAAAUCCCUUGGGAGAAAAAUGUUUAAAAAUUGUGAAAAUGAUGAAUUGUCUCUCAUUCUCUUUAAUGUGUGAAAAUGUUAAUGAACUGUUCCUCUUUUACUGUCUCUGUCUCUUUCUCUCUUUUGUAAUAUUGUUUGCUGUUACUUCAGAUAAUUGAGGAUAAUUGUACAUAGAUAUUUAUUAACAGAAAGGGAAUAAAAGAAGGAAAGGAAGAAAAUUUGUAAGAAAGGAAGAAAAAUUAAGAUUUGCUAAAAAAAAUAUCGGUUAUUGGAAAAGAUUCUGGAAAAAAAUGAAAAUUGUAUAUUAAGGUUCACCCUAAAAAGAUGAAAGAAAGAAGAUCAUGAAUGAAGAAAUACUGAAGUGAAUAAAGGCAAUAAGGAAAAAGUUGAUGAAUCUCAUAUGGAAGGAAAAAGAAAUGAAAGAAAUUAAGACAAUGAAAUGCAAAAGAAAGGAUAAAAAUUUCAAAGGAUUUUUUUUUGUUUAUUUUAUUGUUUAUUUUUUUAAUGUAUAGUUUUGUGUGUUUCGAAAAAGAUAUUUAAUUCAGUAUUUCCAAGUGUAAUGAUAAUAUCCCUAGAUAACAUUCAUGUAAGCUUUGGGCAUUUAUGGAAUACCUGGAAUAUUUGUCAUUUUAGAUAAGUUUACUUCAUUGUCAUUCUAAAGGCCUGUAAUGCUUUGAAUAUCAAGUUAUUUGGUUUUGUUAAUAAUGACUGCCUGUAUGUCUGUCUGUCUGUCUGUCUAUAUAUAUAUACCAGGUAGACACUUCCUCAUGGCAGCCCAAAGGUAAUGCUUGUACUUUGGAAUUAAAGAACAAGUUGAGUUUUAUAAGAAAUCUUUUGUUGUGUGAGAUUUAAGAGUUUGCAAUGUGAUCUAAGAGUCUUUAAGAGAGUCUAGGAUUGUUCAAAGGAAUCUGAGAUGUUAACAGAAUCCAUUUGUUUAUACUGAUCAAAUUCAUAAGUGUAUUAAUGCAACAUGAAUGCUUGGAGGUUAGAUCCAGUUUCUUAUGCUAAACAGUUUCAGAAUAUACUAACAGAAUUCUGAGCACAUUAUCUAAUCUGUUUUUAUUUAUUUAUUUAUUUAUUUAUUUAUUUAUUAUUUUUGUGUGUGUUUGAUUUCAAAGAUAAAUCGAGACCGUAGAGAAUUAAAGGAGUGUGUAGAGGAUGUUUAUGGAGUCUUGUCACUUAUACUAAUCAAAUUGAAGAGUUUAUUGCAUUUUUAAAUGUAUGGAGUCUACAGGUGUUUAAAGGAACCUAUGAUGAUGUUAAGUGGAAUCCAAGUGUU